AUGAAGUGGGCCGCACUCCAGACCGCCCUCCUGCUCGCCGCGCCUGCGCUGGCGCAGACGACCGCUGCGCAGACAUCUACCGCGCCCCUUGCCCCGUCUCCGACCGAGUCGAUCGGAUGCCACGCCCACGGAGACCACUGGCAUUGUGAUGGUCCCGCGACAGCUACGGGAACUGCGGCCGCCACGGUCACUCCUGCCGUGCAUGACGAGCACGAUCAUGAGCACGAAGAAGAGGCUCACGCCGAAGAGGGCCACGCCCACGAAGAGGGUCACGACCACGCCGAAGAGGAGCACGACCACGAGCACGAGGGUGGUGUUGCUGCCGCUCCUUCGCCGACCGAGUCGACGGGAUGCCACCAGCACGGCGACCACUGGCAUUGCGACGGACCUGCCACUUCAACCGCCGCCGCGUCGCCCGACGCUACGCCGACAGGACGCGGCAAGUGCACCUGGCACGAGACGCACUGGGACUGCGAGAAGGCCGCUGCUCCGGGAAGCGCCGAGGCGGCGCACGACGCGCAGUACGAGGACAGCGGGGAGUGUAUCAUUCACGUCGGACAUACGCACGGCGACUGCUCUGACGCGCAACUGGCGUGCGGCCGCGUUCUGCUCGAGGACUACAACAUGAGUCUGCACAUUGGAGCCAUCUUCAUCAUUCUCGUCGGCAGUGCUCUCGGAGUUCUGAUCCCAAUCGUUGCCGGAUGGGCUCGUUCCGGCUCCCAACCUCUCGACGCGGCGUCCUGGGGCCGCCAGCUCGGCUUCUGGCCCAACGUCUUCUUCCUCGCGCGCCACUUUGGCACUGGCAUCAUCCUGUCCACUGCAUUUGUGCAUCUGCUCUACCACGGCUUUGUCAUGUUCCAAAACGAGUGCGUUGGCGAAAUGUCCUACGAGGCGACCGCGCCCGCCAUUGCCAUGGCUGCUGCCGUCGUGACGGCCGUGCUCGACUUUAUCGGUACGCGCGCCGCCGACCGCAAGGCAUCGCGCUCGAGCGGCAUGCACCUCCACACGUCCCCGAACCUUGGCAGCAGCGAUGCGAGCUCCGAGCCCGACGUUGAGAAGAACACCGUUCCCCAGCCCAUGGUCGCCGACGCUUGUGUACAUGCCGAUGCCCUCUUCCAGGAGGAGCAGGGGUGGCAGGUCAUCAUGCUCGAGGCGGGCAUCAUCUUCCACUCCAUCAUGAUCGGAAUCACGCUCGGCGCGGGCUCUGGUGCCGGCUGGGUCACGCUGCUCAUCGUCAUUGUCUUCCACCAAUUCUUCGAAGGCGCGGCCCUCGGCGCGCGCAUGGCUCUCCUUACUUGGGUCAGCAAGCUCAAGAUUGCCCUCAUGGGCCUCGCGUUCAUCCUCAUCACGCCCAUCGGCAUUGCGAUCGGCAUCGGAAUCCGCCAGUCCUUCUCCCAGAACGGCAAGGCGUCGCUCCUCUCUGUCGGCAUUCUCAACUCGAUCUCGGCGGGUAUCCUGCUCUACACCACGUUCAAGCUCGUCGCGGGCGACUUUGUCGACGGACCCCUGCGCCGCGCCAAGUGGAGCAAGGUCAUUGCCGCCUUCUCCGCCGUCAUUGCGGGCCUGAUCUGCAUGAGCGUGCUGGCCAAGUGGGCAUGA